CAAGGUUAUUUUGCUUUGCAGUCUAACCACCACCAGAUUGCAGACUGUCAGAGAUUUAGGCUAGGUAUGUGUGCCCAAUUUGUAGGACAAAACUAUUUUAGAAAAAUAUCAUUGUUUUACCUUAUCAAAUUUGUAUUCUAAACCGUUAUAAGUAUAUAAUGAAUUUUAAAACCAUAAAAUAGACCAUUGGCUACAAAUUUGACAUAAAUGUGAUAUCCUAUAUCAUGGAGAUUUUGGUGACUCGAAGAUGAAGGGCAUAUCAGGAAUUUCACCACCUCUGGGUGGGCAAAUUUUAGCUUAAAACCUAUAAAAAGAGCACCGACGGAUGCCAUUGUUAUCAAGCAGUGAUAUUGUCUAGAUUUCCCAAAGUACCCCUGAGAAAAAGCGAAUAUGCCGCUGAAAAUGGUGGACGCCACUGUGUCGACGUUCGAGGGCGUGCUGGAGAAGUUCAGAUCGGAAGCGCCGAAGAACAAGGCCAAUCUCAUCCUCUUCUUGGCCGAUAAAGACCCUUCCACUUCUCUCAGCUGGUGCCCUGACUGUGUGAGAGCUGAACCUGUGAUCUACAAAAAGCUUGAAGAAUCUUCAGAUGAUAUCGCCCUUCUGAGAGCUUAUGUUGGAGACAGACCCACAUGGAGGGACCGCAAGCACCCAUGGAGAGUCGACUCAAGGUUCAAGCUCACUGGCGUUCCAACACUAGUCUACUGGGAGAACGAUGGAGUCAAAGGUCGGCUUGAAGACCAUGAAGCCCACCUUGAGCACAAGAUUGAUGCUCUUGUUUCCGGAAAAUGAGUUCUUUGCCAUUGAGCACCCAUAUGCAGUUCAGUAGAAGCUAAUCUGCCCAGAUAGAGGCUAUAUUAAUAAAUGUCCCAUCUUUCAUGAAUUGUUUGUGGGUGUUUCUACAUCUUUCAUCAAAAUCCAAGUAUCGAUGAGACUUGAAAUAUGUUAUAUAACUUGUGAUAUGAUGAAAUGAUGAAACCCAAAUGGGGAUUUGGAGAUAACAAAAUAAGCAUAUUGCCAA